UCCAAUGGUGGCUUCAAGGAGCAGAAUUUCCAGCUCGUUGUGGUCAUGACUGUGUCUGAGUCCAGAGCCUGGCCUCGUUUAGGAUGUAAAUGGUGAGAAGCCUGUCAACUCAAUGUGAGGGCAUUGGCUGCAGGAAGUCGUGAUGGGGCUUUACAAAGGACCGCGGCUGUUGGAAUUUGCAAAGACCCCACAACACCUUCAGUUCAACAAGUAUGUGCUGACGGGUUACCGGCCUGUCUCCACGGCUCAGGACUGUAUCAGGAGCCUCUUCUACAUGCACAAUGAGCUGGGGAACAUUUACACCCAUGGCGUCCCUUUUUUCCUUUUCUUGGUGUUACUGCCCUUUAGUAUCCCCUGGAUGGAGGUGGACAGUUCCUGGAUCUGUGCGGUCCACUACCUGGCCUGCCUCUGCCCCACCGUGGGCUCGGUGGUCUACCAUGUGUUCAUGAACCAUGUGGGAGGAGAACAUGUGUACGACACCCUGCUCUCCAUGGACAUGUUUGGGGUCUGUUUAGUGAACACCCUGGGUGCACUUCCCAUCAUCCACAUCACCCUGUUUUGCUACCCCCACUUGCGACAGACUGCAUUGCUGGCCUACAUCCUCCUGUCAGCUUAUGGCAUCUACUGUGCCACCACGGCCCGCACCAACAUCCUGCGCCUGCAAGCUUUCAUCUGGCAGGCCAUGUUCCGCUUCAUGCUCUUCCUGUUCAGGGUGUUCGGCAGCGGGGUGGGCAGCCCUCACUCCCUGCGCCUCUUUGUCAUCAUGGACACUCUGGCUGUAGUGGGGGGGCUGGUCAACAUCAUCCAGAUCCCUGAGCGCUUCGUCCCCGGCCUGUUUGACAACUGGGGCAACAGCCACCAGAUAAUGCAUGUCAUGGUUGUGUGUUCGAUUAUCUACCUGCAUUGGGGCACACUGGAGGAUUUAGCCUGGAUUAAGACCUACCAGUGUCCUACUGAGCAAAGUGUAUAAAGUACACUGAUAGAAAUCUGAUUUAGGAGAGAACGGAAAGUUGUUUUAAAAAUUGCACUUUAGUCUUAGCUGCUGACGUUUUUCACAAGGGAAGUUUGCAAUUUGACGUUUUGCCAGAGAAGAAGAGGAACUUGCAGUGUUGUAACUGCAGAACUCCAAAACAAUAUAUCAGAUAAAAAAUCCUGAACACACUUGAUUUGAAAUGUGUUAACAUGCAGUAGUUCUGGGUCGUACAACCCAUAACCAAAAUAGUUUUUAAAUGUAAAAUAUUGUAUUUAAUAAAUUAUAUAUUUUUA